UAUUGCUACAGUAUUACUGUUAUUUUUUACUACAUAAGUUACUAUUACUACAGUAUUAAUAAUCAUUCUUUUCUAUCUUCAUCCUGCUGGCCAGUCUGGACCCUGCAGAGUUCCAGUUUUUGUCUCCAGCCCGGAUGUUUGACCUCCUAAUGUAGACGAUGUCCACAGUGUGUGUUAUUUGUGUGUGUGUGUGGGUGUGUGUGUGUAGGUGUGUGUGUGUGUGUGUGUGUGUGUUAUUUGUGUGUGUGUGUGUGGGUGUGUGUGUGUAGGUGUGUGUGUGUGUGUGUGUGUGUGGGAUUACUGUUGCAGGUAUUUAAGCUCUCCGUGUCAGAGUGUGAACACACAACAUGCAGCAGAUCUACAGGCAGAGAGACGAACAGUUGGAGGUUUACACCACCGUCUUCUCCCCGCAAGUCUGCAGGACGAGGACCAGACAUGUGCAGGCAAACAAGGUGGUGGCGGCGAGGAUCCGGUACCGGUCCCGCUGGCCGAAGGAACUGGACCUGGACCAGGGGGACCUGAUCCAGGUCCUGUUUAAGGAGGACGAGGCCUGGUGGUUCGGGCGGCUGAUGAACGGAGACGAGGGUUACUUCCCGGUGGCGUGCGUGGAGUCGCUGCAGGGUGGAGACUCCAGCAGAGCCACACCCACCCUGCUGAGGAGGGGGUCGGUACCAGUCGUGCCGCAGACUGCAGGCGCCCCCUGUGGCUGCACAAGUGGUCGCAGAACCCCGAAACUGCUCAGAAAAAGCAGCAUCCAGCAUCAGCUUGAACCCAACGGGGCCCCAGAAAGACCCGAUUCUGGGACCCCUUCAGGUCCCCGACAGUCCCCCAGCCUUCUCCAUCGAGUCUUGGCUAAGUCUAGGAGGAAGAGCUGUCCUCAGCUCCGCCACCACCGCCUGGACACCAGCUCCGACAACUCUGCCUUUCAGCUGGACUAGACCAGGUUCUACAGAUCUGCAACGAGUCCUGUUACGGAGACAAGUCCAGAUUUUAGGUUUUUGUUGUUUUCUUGAUUCUGUAGUAACCUGGAACCACAGAAACGUCACCAAAAUGGUAAACCACAAUGUGGAGGUCCUGUUAGUCCCUGAUGAGAGUCCGGUCUGGGAUGGCACAACAAGCUCUGACUGGAAGAUUUCUGUUCCAGUUCCUCAGGUCCUGGUAAAAUCAGGUCCAGUCCCCGAGGACUUGUCCAGUCCCACGUCCAGGACUAUGUGUAAACUUCCAGACUUUUCCAGACUUGGUGAAAGCAGUGAGUCCUCUCCUGGUGCCACCUCAUGAAGAACAUGCAGGGCUUUCAUCACUUUCUCUGGCUCCACAUGGAGAAACAUUGGCAGGGGUGUGUGGUCUUCAUGGAGCAGGUCCAGAGGCUUCUAGAGGUCCAGAGGUUUACGCUGGGUCCAUCCAUGGAGGCUGAAGCAGCUGCUGAGUCUUCCUGGUGAAAAACGAGCCAUUGAUCAAACAUGUGGCUCGAUGACGUCCAUCCCUAGUAAAACUAGACCUGCUCAGGGAAGCCACGUCUUCUUAUAAAAGUGUCAAAAAUUUUUCUUUCACACACUUUUCAUGAGGCAGAAUAAAAGAUUCUCUGUGGAACAGCAACACGGCAGCAUUUCCUCCAACUUCAGAAACAUAAAACCUUCACGUUUUCCAUUUCAGAACAAACCUGCAGCUGGACUCCUGCUGUUACUUUAGAGGAUCUAAACGUCGAGGCUCUUCCAAGACCCAGGACCUGGAUCCCGGGCAUCAGGACUGCAGCUGAGUCUGAUGCUGCUGGGGCCGGAGGUGGAGCUGAUGGAGGUGGAGCUGUGGUCUUGGCUCGUAGCCGUUUCCUGGAACCACGUCCUAAAGGUUGGAUCAUCCAGCCAGCGAGCAUUAACUUGCCCACCAGCUCAUGAAGGACUAACUGCUAACGUGCACACCUGGAGAUAGCCCCCUCCCGCACGCGCACACACACACACACACACACACACACACACACACACACACAGCUGAUUCCCAUCUCUUAUACAGAAAUUAGAAAUUCAUCAAGUCCUUUACAGAUUUCAAAAGAAAAUAUAGAUAUUUGGUUUAUUUGGUUUGUGGUACUUUUUAAGACGCUGGGAUUCUGGAUAACUUGUAAUUUGUCAUUUUAAAGAUAUUUAAUUUAGAAAAAUCGAAUUUAAUACAUUUUCAGACUUUUUCAGGAUCCGUGGAUACUCUGAUUAAAACACAGCUUUAACAGAAAUAAAAGAAAUUAAAUUAAAACAGAAAGAAAAAAGAUCAAAUAAAACAGAAAUAAAGUUCCAGUGUGGGGAAUUAACUGUUCUGA